UCCUGGUCCCUUCAGAAGAGGCUGAGGUGGAGGGGUCGGGUGGGAGGGGUCUCACGGUGGCUCUGAAAAACUCAGUCAGUCCAGCAUCUGAGUUGAGCUGAGUGUAAGUGAUCACACAGAUCCGACUGCAAGACCUUUCCUCUCGGACAGCUGCUGCGAGAUCGCUUUCACUGAAGAUGGAGGGUGAGAAGGGAACAUUAGAGACAGGUACCAAAGAGCAACCUGAUAUGACGUGUCCCCUGACAGCCGAACAGCUGGCAGCUAUAGAGGACGAAGAGAUCCUUAAUAAUAUGCUAGAUAAGGCUGUGGAUUUCGAGGAGAGGAAAAUGAUCCGCGCUGCCAUGAGAGAACUGCUGAAGAGAAAGAGGGAGCGGCGUGAUAGAGAGCGGGCGGCUCGAAUGGAGACCCUGCAUCAGCAGGCUGGUGGAGGAAAGACAGCUGCUGGUCUGAAUAAGGACCAGAAAUCCGCUAAUGUUACGAGCGGAGUUCAGUACAAUGCACAGAGGAUGGCUCAGGCAAAAACAUUUUCUCCACCAACCUCUACUUCCUCUCCAAAAACUGUGGGCAGCCUGGCUCAGUCCCAUGUGGCCAGGGUUAAAGUGCCGGGCGGCUCGGCAGUCGGGGGCCCAAAUACCAAAGAUGUCAAACAAAUGCUGCUGGACUGGUGCCGAGUCAAGACUGAACCAUAUGAGGGUGUGCACAUCCAAAAUUUCUCGUCCAGCUGGGCAGACGGUCUGGCGUUUUGUGCCCUGGUGCACAGAUUCUUCCCAGAGGGCUUUGAGUAUUGCACUCUUGACCCCAAUGAUCGCAGGGCCAACUUUGAGAAGGCUUUCAAGACUGCAGAGAGACUAGCUGACUGUCCUCGGCUGCUGGACGUUGAUGACUUGAUGCGGAUGCGAGAGCCCGACUGGAAGUGUGUGUACACGUAUAUCCAGGAGUUUUACCGCUGCCUCGUAGAGAAAGGCCUUGUCAAGACUAAAAAGAAGAUGCCAUAGACACUUUCACAUUUUGUGCAUUUUCACUCUAAAUAACCAAAGGACUACAACAGGCACACAACAUAGCACACACGUGACCUGACCUGAAGCUUCAACCAAAGACCAGUCUAUUAUGUACUUCUGCUCUUCUCGGUUUCAUAUGUACACGCAUGCAGUGGAUGAGGAUUAUAACCUGCAUGGUUUGUGCUCGGGUACAGCUGGGGCUCUGAAACAGCGCAUUCCACUGAGAUUACACAUGCAUUAAUCUCAUUCUAUGCUCAGAGAUUGUGUGAAUGUGUGUGUGUGUGUAUAGCUUUUUAUGGUACUGCUACUCCCUGUUUUGAAAGCGCUCCAGAACUGAGACAUCAGGCUUAUAAGGGCAUGAGAUUUAAUGUGGAAUUAUACUUAACUUAGAUUUAUUGUUUGUUUAAAAAUAUACAGAAGCUCACUUUUACUAUUAUAUACGAGUUUGGAAACAAAAACAAAGCCUUGAAAAUGUCUAAUUUGUUUCCUAUAGAUUAGAAAUGUCACCUGCUUUUGCUUGUAGGUUGAAAUAUGACAGCUUGAAUAAUUUUUGGUUUCCAUGGUCCAUGGUACGAAGCAUUUGCUUGGUACUAAAAAGAAAAAUGACCAUAGACCUGCACUAAGAGAGAUUAGGUCCAAUCAAACCCCUCACUCAGGGACAGGCAGGCCCUUGAGGCCUGUAAGACGCCUGUAAGUCUUGUUUCAAGAGACCGGUGGUCAUUUCCAAGUGCUUUUGAAAUGUUCUUGACACUUUGUUUGCUGCAUGGCCAAUGACUUAAGUGCACUUUAGAUGUGUAUUUUGAGCAUAUUGACACUUCUGUUGUUAACUAAUAAUGUAUGAGAAAAAUAUGACAUGAAAAAUAUAAUACAACUUAUAUAAGCAUUGUUAUCUAGUACUUUAACUCGUACAAGUGCAAUUCCUGUCAACAUGUAUCAUUGAUUAAAUUAUGGGUGUUAUUUUCCUCCCACAAUGCCUCA